CUAACAAAAAAGUGAGAGAGAUUGUGGAGAAAAGGGGCAAAGAGGAAGAAUGAAAGUCAUGGGUUUUGUUUAGUGGUUUCGUUUGUUUCUUGUCAAUUCCUUAAUUCGGGGAAGGGGCGGCUGGUUGCUACCGCUCUCCCUCAGAUUUCUUCAUCCCCGCCACCGCACUGUUCCUCUCUCUACGAUCACUUCCCGAUCAACCUUCCACUCUUUUCAUCAUGUCCAGGUCCCGAGUUUACGCCGACGUCAAUGUUCAUCGCCCCAGAGAAUACUGGGAUUACGAGUCUCUCGCCGUCCAAUGGAGUGGUCAGGAUGAUUAUGAGGUUGUCCGGAAAGUUGGAAGAGGAAAGUAUAGCGAGGUAUUUGAAGGUAUAAAUAUCACCAACAAUGAAAAGUGCAUUAUCAAGAUUCUUAAGCCUGUCAAGAAGAAGAAGAUAAAGAGGGAGAUAAAAAUACUACAGAAUCUUUGUGGUGGCCCAAAUGUUGUGAAACUGCUGGAUAUUGUCAGAGAUCAACACUCAAAAACUCCUAGCUUAAUCUUUGAAUAUGUGAACAGUACAGAUUUCAAAAUUUUGUACCCUACGCUGACCGAUUAUGACAUUCGUUACUACAUAUAUGAGCUUUUGAAGGCAUUGGAUUACUGCCAUUCUCAAGGCAUAAUGCAUAGAGAUGUAAAGCCUCACAAUGUUAUGAUUGACCAUGAACUGCGAAAACUUCGUUUGAUUGAUUGGGGUCUUGCUGAAUUCUACCAUCCUGGAAAAGAGUACAAUGUUCGAGUAGCAUCUAGGUAUUUCAAAGGACCGGAACUUCUUGUAGAUUUACAAGACUAUGACUAUUCCUUGGAUAUGUGGAGCCUGGGUUGUAUGUUUGCUGGAAUGAUUUUUCGGAAGGAACCAUUCUUCUAUGGUCACGACAAUCAUGACCAGCUUGUCAAAAUUGCCAAGGUUUUGGGGACAGAUGAGUUGAAUGCGUAUCUGAACAAAUAUCAACUGAUUCUUGAUCCACAACUUGAAGCCCUUGUUGGAAGGCAUAGCCGUAAGCCAUGGUCAAGAUUUAUCAAUGGUGAUAACCAGCAUCUUGUAUCCCCUGAGGCCAUUGAUUUUCUGGAUAAGCUUCUUCGGUACGACCAUCAAGAUAGGCUCACUGCAAGAGAAGCAAUGGCUCAUCCAUACUUCUUCCAGGUGAGAACUGCGGAGAACAGCAGGCUGCGAACGCAAUAACCCGAUGUGUAGAGGUUAAAUUUUAAUAGCACUUUGCUCAUUGUGGCGUUAGUUGUAAGCCUAGGCUCUCUUUUCCCUCCCACCUAGGCGGUUGGUUAGCUCAUACAGUUGCUUGGCUCUUCUGUGUUCUGUAAUAUUGAGAGACAUUCUCCUACUACUCACUCCGAUGUAUAUUUUCCCUCCUUUUAUGAGGUCUUACUAUGGAAAUUAUAACUUUGGUUGCUUCC